AUGUCCGAAGCACAUGCAAUCCAGAUCAUCUCCAAAGCCGACUUCACCGCCCAAUCACUCACCCCCGCCCCCUCGCCCUCGACCCCUUUGACAGCCCCAUCCUCAGUCCGCAUCCAGACCCGUCUGAUCUCGCUCACAACAAACACUUUCACUUACGCCAAACUCGGCGGGAAUCCCCUCCUAGCGUGGUGGAACGUCUGGCCUCUGCCGGCCACGGUCUCUCCCGACACCCACUGCCGAAUCUCAGCAUGGGGCUACUCUGAAGUAGUAGAGAGCACCGUCCCCUCCCUUCCCGUCGGAACAGAAUUGUUCGGUUACCAGCCCAUCGGCACCAGAGUUGAGGAGAUCCAACUCAUAGAGGGGAACGUCCCGGGUGACUACGACGUCGUCCUGCCCGACGACGGGUUGAGAAAGGGGCUCAACCCGAUUUACAACCGUUACCACGUCUUUGGCGACGAGUCAAACGAGAGCAAAGGGUUGCGUGUGUUGUUUUAUGCCCUCUGGCAAACGGGGUGGAUGCUCAACCAGCAUGUUUUCGCCUGGGAGGGUGGGUUCAAGCCCUCGCAUCCGUUUGGUGCCGCUGGGGGAGAUGGCUGGGAUGCCAAAAAGGCGGAUAUCAAGGGGGCCGUGGUGAUUUUGCUGGCGCCGUCUGGGAAAACUGGCUUGUCGUUUGCGCAUGAGUUGAGGAAGGGCAGGCCGGAGGGCGAACAGCCUGAGAAGGUUAUCGGUGUUGGGUCGGAGAAGUCAAAGGGGUUUAGCGAGAGCACGGGGCUGUUUGAUGAGGUGCUUUUGUAUGAGCAGGUUGAGGAUAUUGAGCGGAUUGCGAAGAAGGGGCAGAAGAUUGUGUUGGUCAAUUUUGCUGCCCGGGGUCAAGCGGCUGAUACCUGGGCGUCCGCUCUCGACGAGAAGUUUGGGGAAGAUAAUGUCACUGUUCUCUUGGUAGGAGCUGACCCCUCGGCUACUCGGCCCCCGGUAUUAUAUGGGAAGGCCAUGGAUCCGGCCAGCAAUGUCUACCAGGUCCACGCUGGGUUGAUCCGGGAGAAGGGCAUCGCAAACCUUGGAUCGGCGGAGGCCUACUACAAUGCGCAAAAUGCUGCCUGGGGUCGGUUUGCCGGUGACGGGGCCAUCCCGGCCAUCGAGAUCAAGUGGGAGAAGGGACUGGAGAAGUACAAGGCUGGGUGGCAAGCGCUGGCAGACGGUCAUUAUGGUCCUGAGACUGGCCUUGUGUUUGAGCUGUAG